CCAGCUCGCUCUGUUCUGUGAUCAUGGCUGCACCGGACCUCACCAGCCAUGUUUGCUAAUUUAAAACCCAAAGGUUAGGGGAAAUAGUUGUUUAUUAUUUAUCGCUGUGUCAUCUUCGCCCGCAUAUCCGCUAAACAGACGAAGGUUUAAAGUCGGCCCGCGCCUUCGGAACCCCGAGGACUUUUUAAAAGAUGGACUCAAAUAAUCAUUUCAACUAUGGCACCCACUCCUCACCAAACUCAGGACUGAAACUCUCCUCAGGGGAUUCUCUUUAUACCAAUGGGUCCUCCAUGAGUUUUCCUCAACAGGGGAAGAAUAUGAACGGCGAAAUGAAUGUGAAUGGCGUCACUACUGUACUUGGGUCGAGCGCGCCUGGUCCCCACCCGCCGCCGUCUGCUCCGUACCCACACAUGGGCAGCCGCCACCAGAGCAGCGUGGGCUACGACUACUACUACCACCCUCAGUACGGUCCAGGCGUGAGCACGUCCCCGGGCCACGGGAUGCACCAGAAGCAGCCCACGCCUGGGACGGCGCAGCCUCCAUCACAGCACCACUUCCAGGGUCAGGGACAGUAUCAGCUGAACGGGGCCGUCGAAAGCUCCCGCCAGCCCCCCGCUACAGCCUCAGCUAACGUCGCUCUGACCGGGAGCCAGUACUGGAACAGGAGCAGCCCCGGCUCUCAGCAGGUGAGUUACGACUCCCACGGCGUGUACGGCAGCUACCAGAGUCCGGCGCACCCGGGCAUGGCGCCGUCGCAGCCGCACCAGCAGCCGUCCCUGCAACAGCACCUCCACUCCCACCGUCAUUCGCACCAGCAGCACCAGCAACCGCAGCAUUACGGCCUGAUGUCGAACGGGAUGCCCUACCAGCAUCAGCCCCAUCGCCCAAUCGUGCCAUCUCCACUGCAGCCGUCAACACAGCAGCCUCAGCCUCAAGGACAGGCUCCCAUGAUGCCCCCAACCGCCCAGAAUCUGAGUCCUCCGCGCGGUAGCCCGCAGCACCACAGCAUCGGCAGAGGGAGCACCAGCAGUCCUCUGCCCGCGGGGAUGUCGCCAACACCAAUUAAAUCACCAUCAGUGCAGGAUAGUGGGUCACCCAAAGGUCACACCAGGGAACGGAGCCCCCAUGCCACCAGUGUGGGGAUGUCUUCUCCAGUGCACGGACAUUCGAGGGAAUCCAUCAAAGAGGCUGACACAAGUUACAACGGCAAUGAAAGAGCACCUGUUGCCCAGAGGUCUCCAAAAACAGACAGUUAUCAACCCAAACCUGCCUCUGUCCACAUGAGUCCUCAAAGUGAUCGUCAUCAUCAUCAUCAUCAUCAUCGCUCGGAUCAGCCAGCAGCUCAACAUCCAGAAAUGACCUCCCCUGUCAGAGAUUCUGUUGUUAUCUCACACCCACCGUGUGUGUCAUUGCCACUCUCUGCGUCAAAAGUAGGGACCUCAGCAUCUUUAACAAAAGCCUCAACUCCACCAGGGGUCUCUGCUUUGUCCGGAUCUCCCACACCUCCACCUGUAGUUUCAUCCUGUGAUGUUGAGCCCGUGCCUCCGCAGCUGUCAGGACCUCCCAGAACGUCGUUCGCUCCAUCUGCAGUUGCUUCCUCCAGACGUUCCUCACCUCCUCGGGCAGUACAAGCACUCAGACCUCCCGCCUCUUUGGCACCCGAAUUAUCUCUUGAAACUCCAGAGCGCCUUCCAGAGGAAGCCUCUUCUUCCCCGCCUGUAGCUCCUCCAAAGCUUACAGCAUCUCUCGCUUCGACCGAGCGCAGGUCUAGGCUCGCAGCAAGUUCUUCGGGUCCCUCGGUUUCAUCUUCACUUGAGGCGUUGGUUCGUCAGAUAAAGUCAGCACUGCCCCCUGCAGCCUCGGGCCCCUCUACAACUCUUUCUCCUCCUGCCUUAGUUUCCAUCUCUUCUUACGCCGCACCUAUAACAUCUCCAGAGAAGCACAUGCUCCAUGGGCCCAAAGUACCUUUCUUUAUCGACUCAUCUGGAGGGUCGCAUGAAAAACCCGCUCCCCCACGAUUAAUACCCGCAACUUCCUCAGUGAGUGCAACCCUCACGUCUCCUCGAGUGGCUCCCCAUCAGAUGUUCAAAUCUGGAUCUUCAAUGUUACCUGGCUCUUGUUUAUCAACGUUUGCCUCACAAACUCCUUCAGUUCGUAGUAAUGUUUCUGAACCUGCGCCAGCGUCCUGGUGUCAGAUAUCCACUCCUCCACGUUUUAGCGCAGGUCUUUCUGCUGCUCCUGCACCACCACCAGGGUUGGUAACCUCACCUCCCCGUGCGACCCCGGACAGCCCUACAGUCCGACCUCUGUCCACCCUACCUCCUUUAACCACUCAAGCCUCCAGGACCGUGCCUGCGUCCAACCCUCCUGCCUUGGUGUCCGUGCCUCCGGAUGUAGUCAGGUCCUUUAGAGCUGUCCAAAGCUCCGACGCCACGCAGCGCACCCUGAUCACCGCUCCGCCUGCACAGAUGUGGUCCCCUCCUAAGUUGGAGCGUCACGGUCUCGACGAGGACAGGAAAACGGCGGAGGAUAAAAGAGAGGCAAAACCAGAGGAUCACGUUCCUCCACUUGAUUCAGGCAUAAUGAGACCGUUACAAGUGGAAGAGACCGAAGUUAAAAAGGCAGACGUCUGCUCAUACAAAGCCCUCCCUGAUCGCCCAGGAGAAUCCUCACAAACUCCAGAUAAACCCGAUCUAAAGAACACACAAACAGUUUCUGAGAAGCCAGACGAGGACUCGGCUGCAGGUUCCGCCUCACUCGUAAAACUCCCUCAGCCUAAAAACACAAAGCCGCCACAUCUGAGCAACGAACAAAGAUUUGACGACUCCCCUCAUGCCGCCUUUUAUUACCAAGACAGUUCGACGUGCGACACCCCCUCUCAACUCAACACCAGCUCUGUCUUGGAGAAGACCUGUCCUUCAGGUGGCGAUGGCUCGUUUUUAGGUGACUCCACUCAGUUGGACACAUCUCAGUUCGACAGCACGUACAGCAGCUUUUCUGUCGGAGACUCCAGAGACGCUACGCUGGACUCGACCAGGGAAGGGGAGGCACUUGAGUCGGAACGGACGGGGAACAGCAGCCACCUCACAGGAAGCUCCAUGCUGGAGUCCUCCUUAAACAUCUCACAGUCUGAGGACCCUCCUGUCCACUCAGGUGGUGUGUCCCAUCCCUUUGUGUCCCCUCAGCCAGCUCCUCAAGGUCCUACACCGAAGUGGGAGCAAAGUGGUUACGAUACCCCAGACUCAAUUAAACGCAUUAUUAUUAAGACCACCACUAAUGAUUCGGCAACCCCCUUUUACAAAAUUAAAGAGGAGACAUUUGUAGCCUUCAGUACCCCAGCAGACAGCCCCACUGCACACCCACACCAAGACGUUUCUGAGAAUACUGCGACCCCAGGGAAACCACGCCGACCUCGAGUUUCAAAGGUUAUACUGAUUAAAACAACAGCUCCAGAGGGGGUCCAGCGGAGGUCCCGAGUUCGAACCCCAAAAGCAGAGAAGGUGAAGGCAGACGAAGUGGGAGAGGUCAAAGAGAAAAGAGCGAGGGGCAGAAAAAGAAAGAAAGAUCUCCAGGUCGGCGAAGCAGCCGGCGUGUCGGGGGAGGCUGGUUCUCCCGCGCAGGAGGUCGACCCGAUAACGGCUGCAAUCGAAGCCGUUCUGGCCAAAGCCUCAGCCAUCAGCACGGCCGCCGAGAAACCCAAGAAGAGAAGAAGGGUCAAAAAACAAGAGCAAGAGGGAAACGCAGGGACUGCAGAAACGACUGCUUCUAAUGUUGAUGAAAAUGAUGACGACAGCUCCACUGCAGGAGAAUCAAACAGAAGAAGAGUUGCAACAGAAGAGCAGGUCCAGUUCCCUCUGCAGCACGGUUGGAAGAGGGAGAUUCGUGUGAAGAAAACUGAGAACCGCAUGAAGGGAGAGACCUGGUAUUACACUCCUUGUGGCAGGAGGAUGAAGCAGUUUCCGGAAGUUAUCAAGUACCUGAAGAAACACUCGGACGGCGUGGUCACCAGAGAACACUUCAGCUUCAGUCCACGCAUGCCCGUCGGAGACUUCUACGAAGAAAGAGAAUCAUCUGAGGGCGCACAGUGGGUUCUUCUGGCUAACGAGGAGAUUCCCUCUAUGAUCAUGGCCAUCACUGGUCGGCGUGGGCGACCUCCAAACCCAGAUAAAGAAAAACCUCAACGGGUUCGGGGCCUGAAGAGGGGCCAGGCUCGCCGCCCCGGCAGACCUCCUAAAAUCAAGAUGGUCGACCUCCUCAGUAAAGUUGAUGCCAAGCUGCUCAAACGUCUCCAGACCAAGGAAACACUUACAGAGGAGGAAAAGGAGAAACUGGCAAAGAUCAAAAAGAAAAUGAAAAGAAAGGCAAGAAUGAAGAGACGGGAGGAUUUAAAGGUUAAGAAGAUGAAAGAGGAGAAAAAGAGAGCCAAGCUCGAGCAGGAUGUCAAACCCCUGGAGGUGAAGGCUGAACCAGCAGACCCCGCAGCCCCGCAGGCCACGGACGGGGAGUGCGUGGAGGAGGUAAAAAAGCCUGGCCGCAGGAGGUCUGUGAAAAGCGAGGCCGCCUCUCCCGUCCAGCAGGCGUCCGCAGAGAAGGCGCCCCAGAGCAACAGGGCGACGAGCGCUCGCAGCAAAGCCAAGGCCCUGGCCAAAGCCCAGGCCGAGGCCGAGGCGGCAGCUCAGGCCGCUCUGGCAGCCAAAAGAGCAGCCGAGCGCAGAGCUCUGGCCCAGAGGCGUCUGGAGGAGCGGAAGAGGCAGCAGCUGAUCACAGAGGAGCUGAAGAAGCCCACAGAGGACAUGUGUCUCACUGAUCACAAGCCUCUGCCUGAGCUGUCCCACAUUCCCGGGCUGGUUCUGUCUGGAGCGGCGUUUGCACACUGCCUGGCCGUGGUGGAGUUCCUGCACGGUUACGGAAAGGUGGUCGGUCUCGACGUACCCAAGGACAUCCCCAGCCUCGCUACCCUGCAGGAAGGUCUGCUCGGCCUGGGCGACAGCCAAGGAGAGGUCCAGGAUCUCCUCAUAAAGCUGGUGGAGGCGGUACUGCAGGAUCCAGGCCUGCCGUCUUAUUAUCAGUCAGUGAAGAUUCUUGGAGAAAAGCUGGUGGACUUGGAGCUGACCCGCAGCACGGUCUCAGAAGCCCUUCGUAUUUAUUUAGAAUCCCAUGGUUACGAGACAGAAGUCUGCAACACACUGAGGACCAAAACUUUCCACAUCCUGCCUCCCGACACCAAGGCUGCUAUCCUGGGUUACCUGGUGGAGGAGCUGAACAGCAGCAACAUUGUCACGAAUGACAUUGACAACACAUUAGAAAACAUGACGACCUACAGGAAGAACAAGUGGAUCAUCGAGGGGAAACUACGCAAGCUAAAGGCGGCGCUAGCUCGUCGCACGGGGCGCUCCGAGGAGGAGCUGUGCUUCGAGGAGAGGAGACGCAGCGCCAGAGUGGCUGAGGAAGAGAACCACAGUUUGGAGGAGAGCAGUCUGAUCCUGGAGAGGGGAAACCUGCGCGCACGCAGAGAGGAGACCAAACUCAAUGACAGUGAGAGUCCCGCCAAUGCCAGCAUUCCUGAACUUGAAAAGCACAUAGAUAAGCUAACCAAACGUCAAGCGCUUUUCCGUAGAAAGCUGCUGCAGUCGUCUCAUUCCAUGCGAAUCAUAAUGCUCGGUCAGGACCGUUAUCGUCGCAGGUACUUGGCUCUACCUCACCUCAGAGGAAUUCUGGUUGAAGGACCUGAAGAGCUGCUGACUUCAGGCGAUGCUCUUAUAGCUGAGGUUCCUGUGACCUUCCUCAAAAAGGAGCCCAAAGUCGAGGAGGCGCCCACGCCGACCCCUCCUCCUCCUCAGACUUCAGCCACCCCAGCUCCAGCCCAGACCCUCCCUCCUGAGGAGGACCCCCUUCCCGGCACCGCCUCCCUCAUGAGCACGCAGCGAGGCCGCGGGCGCCCUCGAAAGAUCAAACCCGAAGUGGAGCUCCACCUCCGCACGGCAAAGAUCCGCCGCCGGCGCCGCAGCAGCGUCCGGUCCGCGGGAGAAGACACGCCGGGGUCGCCAAACGGCGGCCUGUUGGACCUCACGCAGGCCGCCUUCAAGAGCUGGCUCAGCCAGUCGCAGGAGGCGGCGGCGGCCGGCGACGCUUCGACGGGCGCUCGUCCGGAGGAGACGGUGAAAGAGAUGGCGGAGAAACAGGGGCAGUGGUUCAACCUGCUCCCCAAACAGCCGUGCGACGACGACUCCCUGACAGAGCCGCAGGCGGCCACCUCGCCCAGCUCACCCCCCAGACUGCUGCCUCAGGUGCCGAGCGCUUUGCCCGCACUCGCCGCGCCACUCAUGCAGCCUGAGCUGCUCCUGCCAAACCUGGCUCCUGUUGACCUGGAGGCGCCAGCAGCUCUACCAGACAUCACCCACACAGGAGCUGCUGAGGCUCCUCCUCCUGAAGCCUCUCAGAUCCCACCUGCUCUCAUUCCUCUUCCUCCUCCUCCUGCUCCCCCAGCCACUCCCGCCACCCCUGCCAGGCCGGGGCGCAGGCGCCGGCGAGGCAGCAGAGGAAGCAGCCCCGCCCGCAGGGGAGCCCGCGCAGCCGCGGCCGCCGCUAAACGCCGCGGCCGCCCGCCCAACUCCGCCUUCCAGGAGCUGGAGCAGCAGUUCUUCACGCAGCUCGUGGUCAAGCCCAUACCUGCCUCGAUGGUGCGUGGCUGGUGGUGGAUUAAGGAACCAGAGGAACUUUAUAACACUUUACAGUCCCUCCAUCCUAGAGGCGUCAGAGAGAAGGUGCUACAUAAACAUUUAGCGAAACACAUGGAGAGCUUAGUAGAGAUGUGCACCACGCCCAUCCAAGAUCCACUGUUUGAGUUGAAGCCGGACAAGAAGGACGCGCUGCUGGAGGCGCUGCAGCAGCCCUGGCAGGUGCAGGAGAAGGCCAUGGAGACAGACGUCAGCGCCCUCCAGUGGGUGGAGGACCUCGAGCAGCGGGUCAUAGCUUCUGAUUUACAUCUGAAGGCCCUUCCUCAGGGGGCAAUAAACGAGGCUGAGAUGAGCACAGAAACACCGAUGCCGGAAUUUCAGCCCUAUACAAUCCCAGAUCCCGACUCAACCCGCGAUGACCUUCAGUACUACGAGCACGACGUCGACCCACGUGACGACUGGAUCGUUCGAACCAAGAAGGAGUGGUCCGGCCUGCCCCGCAUCGCCACGCACCCGCUGGACCUGGCCAUCCUGCGGCUAGCCAACCUGGAGAGGAACAUCGAGAGGCGCUACCUGAAGGAGCCGCUGUGGAACCCAGCUGAGGUGAUGCGCCUGGCUCCCCUCACCCCGACUCCCGGAGAGGAGCACCCGAUGGACGUCAUCAGCCUGGAGAGUGAAAUCACGUCUCGACUCAGGACGUGGCGGCAGGCUCUGGAUCGCUGCCGCAGCGCUCCGCAGCUCUGUCUUUGUUUGCUUCAGCUGGAAAAGGCCAUCGCGUGGGAAAGAUCUGUUACUAAAGUGACCUGUCAGGUGUGUAAGAAAGGGGACAAUGACGAGUGCCUCCUGCUGUGCGACGGCUGCGAUCGGGGCUGCCACAUGUACUGCCUGCGGCCAAAAAUCACCCAGGUGCCAGAGGGAGACUGGUUCUGUCCCACUUGUGUCGCUAAGGAGGGAGGAGAAACCCAACGCCUGUCCAAAACGCGCACCAGAGUGAAGAAGAAGAAGUACGAAGACGACAGCUCUGAGGAUGAGACGAUGAAACGACGCAGCGGCGGCGGCAUGGCGACACGACACAAAGACUCCGCCCCUCCUCCUCCUCCAUCGUCAUCCUCCUCCCGUUUCCCUGGAGAAGGGAGCGGCACUAAACGACGACGCAUGACAACACGCAACCAACCCGACCUCACCUUCUGCGAGAUCAUUCUGAUGGAGAUGGAGGCUCACACAGACGCCUGGCCGUUCCUGGAACCCGUCAAUCCACGACUGGUGCCGGGCUACCGCCGCAUCAUCAAGAACCCCAUGGACUUCCUGACCAUGAGGGAGAAGCUACUGCAGGGAGCGUACUGCAGCUGCGAGGAGUUCGCCGCAGACGCUCAGCUGGUCUUCAACAACUGCGAGCUCUUCAACGAGGACACGUCAGAAGUGGGGCUGGCGGGACACUCGAUGAGGCGUUUCUUCGAGAGCCGCUGGGCGGAGUUCUACUCGGACAAGGACAAAUAGGAGCCUGCCUCCACCGGCCUGAUGGUGGGGCUGCAGACCGACUGCUGGUGCUGUCACCGUCCCAGUCUCUCUCUCUCUCUCACACUCCACACUCACUCACACACACACACACACACAUGCACACACGCACUCUCCAUUACUGCUAAGACUGCCUGGAGCUCGUUCCAGCCACAUGUAUUACUCAUGUAUAGGUAUAUAUGUAUAGACUUUUGGCUCUCUGUCUGUUAUGGUUUCCUCGCCGGGUCCAAUCUUUUCUACAGGUUCCAACUUGUUCCCAUUCCUGUUCCAGACUGAGAGCAUGUCCAUCGUCACCUUCAGCCCGUCGUGUCUCGUCACCGUCGCCUCGUUUCCCGUUCGCCCCGUCGCAGCUCGAGUCUUUUUUUAGCUCUCGCAAACACGCCGAAGGUCCGACUGAUCCGCUCACUGCAGCCAGGACCUCUUCAGCAAAACUGAUCUCCACAGAACUCAGCCCCAUGUCUCACCCAUUCAGUGGAAACGUUACACGGUCUUACACCUAGAAGUCUCUCUCUUUUUUUUCAGCUCAGUAUAUUUUUUAUUAAAUAUUCUAUAUAUAAAUAUAAACAAAGCCUACAAUAGCUGGGAUUAUUUAAUAGCAAUAGCUUGUAGUGAAUGUGUACAGAUGUUCUAUAGAGAUGUUUAGACGAUUUAUGACAAAGGCCAGUCACUUAAAGGAACCUGUUGUUGGACUGUCACAAGUAGAUGUUGUAUAACCUCCACUUAAAGUCACGCACGCAUACGACAGUAUUUACCAACACACACACACUUUCGUUUCUGUUUCUGCCCUCUGCUGCUGUGUGGGAAACACUGGUUUGAAAAGUGAAAAAGGUUUUCAUUAUUUCUGUCCUGUUGUGAAAAACAAAAUGUUCAGCCGGUUCCUUCUGAUCCGUCAACAACCAAAAGGACAACUUGUGUAAAUAUUCUGGACGCACACUGAAGGUUUGUCAGACACGACGCCGGGCGCUGUUUAAAGUUUUUUUUAUGUUGUUUUGUUUUGUUUGUAAACAGCCGACCAGAAGAAAAACCUCCAAAGUGGCUGCAGUCGACUGAAAUGUUUUUUUUGUUUUUAAGACGAGCGUUGCUGAAGAUGAAGUAGCGGGCACGUUUCCCGCCUCACAUUCCUUUAAAAGAUAAAUAAA